UCUUAUCCAAUAUCAUCAUCAUCAUUAUUAUUCCUCAUCACCAAAGUCCACUUUUCAAUUCCCUUUCAGAAAUUAAUGCAAAAAAUAGUUUUGAAAAUUCCAAUCAAUAACAAAAAAUGAUGAGUGAGUUUAGCUUUGAUAUAGCAAGUGACUGGGAUUUGCAAGCCAUUGUCAAAGGAAGAUCAAUCACUACUAGUAAAAACAACAACACCAUGUCAUCACCUUGUUACGACACUUGGUUCGAAUCGUCUUCGUUAGACCUUGAUGACUACAACUACCAAUUAGGCCAUGAAAACUCGACGUUCAUCGUCGAAGAAAAUGAGCCACUUAAUCAUGGAAUUUCUUCUAGUUCGAGCUCCCCCAAAAAUAUCGUCGAUAGUUCCAUGACGAACUUUGACGUGUACAAUAGUAGUUCAACGGAUGAGCCGAAAAAGAAGGCGGUCGAUGUUUCGUGUGCUAAUAGUACUCGAGCAUCCAUAUUGAAAAGAAGGAAAAACAAACACAAGAUUGUGAAGGUGGUUCAACAAGCAGGAGGGGAUCGUGUUAUGUCUGAUAAAUGGAAUUGGAGGAAGUAUGGAGAAAAAGUUAUCAAAGGUUCUCCAUAUCCAAGGAGCUAUUAUAGAUGCAGCUAUCCAGGAGGGUGUUUGGCAAGAAAACAAGUGGAGCAGAGCAUAAGUGACCCAGAAUUAUUCCUAAUAACAUACAUGGAAGAACAUUCACAUCCUUAUCCAACUCGUCGCCAUUCUCAAGCUGGCCGUUCUGCUCGAAGGUUUAAUAAUAAUUCUUCUACCACCAAAAUUGCCACCAAAAACGAGUCACAAAACAUCUUGAUGAGGUCUAUAUCCUCCGAAUCAUCAACGACUAAUAAUAAAGAUGAUCGAGUUUUAGUCCGCGGUAACGAGGAUGGUAGACAUUGUUGUGCAGAAUAUGUAGGUGGAGAAGGUGUGAAUUGUAUGGGAAGUAGGGUGUAUAACGAGGAUGAUUUUUUUGCAGGGUUAGACUACUUAGAAGGAUUAAACAUGGACUAUUAUGCUUAGUCUUAGCUUUUGUGGCUAAUUAUCAUUUUAAUUUAUGUGUUUAAUUCAAAUGAUGUUUUAUAAGUCAUAAAAUAUGGUGUUGUAGAUAGAAUUACGAGUAGUGUUAAUAUGAAGUCAUGGUCUUUGUUAGGAGGAAUGACCAGGGAACUUUCAUUAUUGAUCAAUGUGAUUAAUUUUGUGAACAUCUACUAUGUAAUUUGCUAGCUCUAUCUGAACGGGCGGUUAUAUAGUGGUUGUUUAACCGUCUUUUAAAGCUCUAAUUUUAUUGAGAUUUGUGUUUUUAGUGGGAAUGUAUAACAUAAUUUAA